CGCGUCCGCUUGCAAAAAAAAGAGAGGCCGUAGUAGAGUGGUCGAAAGACGCCCAAACCUAGAAAGGACGACAGAUUUAUCAAUUAAUCUCGGAAGAAAAAGGUGAUGGCGGUGGCGGUCUCCAGGGAUCUGACGGUACACGUGCUGCAAGAUACAAAUGCUGCAAAGUUGGCUGACAGGCAGCAGGCUCUGCGUGCCGCCAUCCUGAGAGGAGAGCCCAAAUCUCUGGGGGUAAGUCAGUUGAUGCUGGGGCUGAUGGUCAUGUCCUACUCCAUCCCCCUGUGCUUUGCUGAACACACUGAGGUGGUCCGCUCUGGAGUUCCUUGGUGGAGCGGCAUUAUGUUUGUCGCAGCAGGAGCGGUUGCUAUCACCUUGGAUAAACACUGCACUAUGAAAAUUCUGUGGGCAUGUUUUACAAUGAGCCUGGUGUCCACUGUGCUGUCAGUGGUGGCUUUGAUCAUCUACUCUGUGGACAUCGGCAACAAUCCAGAGGUGCCCUGCAUCAAAACUGAUGACGAUUGUUCUGAAGCAUACUACUCUGCGAGGCUGAGCAGAGGUUUAAAGUCGUCCCUCCUCGUCUUCACUCUGGCGGACACAGCCAUCUCUGCUAUUCUUUGCUUCCUUCUCUUCAGGCAGAGACACAACUUUGGACAAUAUGACACUCUCCUUGUGUCGGCUCCAUCAAGCCCCACAUCAGUCAGACCCCCCGACCUCAACUGAUCAAUCACUGGACGCGUAAUCUUUGAGGUGGUGUAUCACUUCUCGUCAUCACUGGGUCCACUUCUACACAAGUAAUCUGAGCGGACUGGAUCAAAUUUCUCAAAAAUGGGUUGUUCAUAAGAAAAAAAACGGUUUCUCAACUCAGAUUUGUCUGUAUGUUUUGUUCAAAACUUUUCAAGGUACCUUUGAUUUAAAAAAUCGGAUUAUCCUGAUCCAAGAUGAAGGAUGAUUUCAGCAAGAAAAUGUAUUUAAACUUAUACAUUGGUCAAAAAGCCUAUAUAUACAUUUAUUUAUGUUUUGCACUUUUGUUUAACUGUUACGGUGAAAAAGCAGAUGAAGCAGGAAUUAGGCUGCCUAUGAUUGUAUACCUUUCAGUAAACUUAAGCAUAAAAAAAGGAUUUUAACCCCAUAAAAAUAGUCUCCAAAUGGCUGUCAAUAUCAAACAAAAAUUUAAAUGUUUAUUUGUAUAUUUUUAUUAUAAGCAAGUAGUUUCUAAUAAUUUCUGUUU